UGAAAGAACUGAGUCAGGACCUAGCUCUCUUCUGCGGACACACCGUGACCUAAGGGCUCUCUGCUAACCUUCACCGACCGCUCAGCUCCUUUCACUCUGGACAUUGCCUAUCGAAGACUCAGUUCUAACACAUGAACCCUUAGGGGACAGCCCAAAUUCAAUGCGUGGCAAGGUCUCAUAGACUUCACCGUUAUGAUCCCCGUCAACAGCUGAUUUCUCUGCAUGGAUGGAAUCCACUCUUGUCCCCAGCAGACAAGUUGCCCGUCUUCCCAAGACUUGGUCAAGAGCUCUAAGAACAGGCUCAAGAACUAUAGGCUCAGUGUCCUUUGUUUAUGGCUAGAAUCCACUAAUGAAAAGAGCGGGCGACAGGUCAUGCAUCUGGAGAACAAAGACGGCAGGCUGACCUCGGCCGUACUGGAGGUGGAACUCCGCCAGACUUCUGCUGCGUCAGUCCCAACGUGCUCCGACCCUGGACGGCUGGUGACAGCCGGACCCACCAUUGGAAACCACCAGCAUGGCCAAGCGGACCCCUGCAUCCCCUACGCUGGCCAGGCGGCUGGGAAGAGCCUCCGUGUUCCUGAACACGCGGAGUUGAGUUCGUUCCUCACGGAGAGGAGGACCCAUUCACCUUUGGCUCACUUCAGCUCCAGCUCCAAAGACCUGUGUUUUAAGGAAGACACGCCUCUGCUCUGGAAUUCCUCACAGAAGAAAAGGUCACAGUUCAUGCCUGCUCAUCACCCAGAGUUCAUAGCCACUGAAGAUUCUUGGGAAAAUGGCCUCACUGCCUGGGAACAAAGAUGCCUGUUGGGCAAAGAGGUUGCGGAUAUGUCUACGUUGGACUCCUCAGAGAAGGGGGGUCUUGCAGGCAGUGUCCACCUCAGAGUUCAGGUCUCCACGCUGGGGUGCUGUGUGCGGUGGAUGAAGGUCACGGGCUUGUUUGUUUUUGCGGUGGUGUCUUCUAUUUUAUUCAGCCUGUAUCCGGAUCAAGGAAAGAUCUGGCAGCUGUUGGCUGUGUCACCAAUGGAAAACUACUCUGUGAACCUCAGUGGCCACGUGGACUCCGUAAUGCUUCAGCUGGACCUGGCAGGGCCCCUGAUGGCUGGUGGACCAAGCGGUUCAGGGAAAGAAGAGCAUGUCGUGGUGGUGGUGACCCAGGCCGACCCAACGGGCAGCAGCAGGAGGCGGCGACCACAGGCCACUCACAACUGGACUGUCCUUUUAAAUCCAAGAAGUGAGCACACGCUGGUGAGCAGAACUUUUGAGAUCGUGAGCAGGGAGGCUGUUUCGAUCAGUAUCCAGGCUUCCCUCCAGCAGACUCGCCUCGUUCCUCUCUUGCUGGCCCAUCAGUUCCUCGGGGCGAGUGUUGAAGCACAAGUGACGAUCGCCGUGGCCAUCCUCACAGGGGUUUACACUCUGAUAAUAUUUGAGAUUGUUCACAGAACCCUGGCAGCCAUGUUGGGAGCACUUGCAGCUUUAGCAGCGUUGGCUGUGGUUGGAGAUAGACCCAGCCUGACCCAAGUGGUGGAGUGGAUUGAUUUUGAGACUCUGGCCCUGCUGUUUGGCAUGAUGAUCUUAGUAGCCAUAUUUUCAGAAACGGGAUUUUUUGAUUACUGCGCUGUAAAGGCGUACCAGCUUUCUCGAGGAAGAGUGUGGGCCAUGAUCAUGAUGCUUUGCCUCAUCGCUGCCAUCCUCUCUGCCUUCUUAGACAAUGUCACCACAAUGCUCCUUUUUACACCUGUUACCAUAAGGUUAUGCGAGGUGCUCAAUCUUGAUCCAAGACAAGUCCUGAUCGCAGAAGUGAUCUUCACAAACAUUGGAGGAGCUGCGACUGCCAUUGGGGACCCACCCAAUGUCAUCAUUGUUUCCAACCAGGAGUUGAGGAAGAUGGGCCUGGACUUUGCUGGUUUCACAGUGCAUAUGUUCCUUGGAAUCUGCCUCAUUCUCCUGGUUUCCUUCCCACUCCUCAGACUUCUGUACUGGAACAGAAAGCUUUAUAACAAGGAGCCCGGCGAGAUUGUCGAACUGAAGCAUGAGAUUCAUGUCUGGCGUUUGACUGCACAGCGCAUCAGUCCAGCCAGCCGCGAGGAGACAGCCGUGCGUGGCUUGCUGCUGGAGAAAGUGCUGGCCCUGGAGCACCUGCUGGCCCAAAGGCUGCAUUCUUUCCACAGACAAAUCUCACAGGAAGAUAAAAAUUGGGAGACCAAUAUCCAAGAGCUGCAAAGAAAGCACAGGAUAACGGACAGGAUUCUGCUUGUCAAGUGCCUGACGGUGCUGGGGUUUGUCAUCUCCAUGUUCUUUCUGAACUCCUUCGUCCCUGGCAUUCAUCUUGAUCUUGGAUGGAUUGCUAUGCUGGGGGCCAUCUGGUUGCUAAUUUUAGCGGACACUCAUGACUUUGAGAUAAUUCUACACAGAGUGGAAUGGGCGACUCUCCUCUUCUUUGCAGCACUCUUUGUUCUGAUGGAGGCCUUGGCGCACCUUCACCUAGUAGAGUAUGUGGGAGAGCAGACUGCCUUGCUGAUCAAGAUGGUUCCAGAAGAUCAGCGCUUGGCAGCUGCCAUCGUGCUAAUAGUGUGGGUCUCAGCCUUGGCAUCGUCCUUGAUUGACAACAUCCCAUUUACUGCUACAAUGAUCCCUGUGCUUCUGAACCUGAGCCAAGACCCUGACAUUCGUUUGCCUACACUGCCGCUCAUGUACGCCCUGGCCCUCGGUGCCUGCCUGGGAGGUAACGGGACACUGAUUGGAGCAUCUGCCAACGUUGUUUGUGCAGGAAUUGCAGAGCAGCAUGGGUAUGGAUUCUCUUUCAUGGACUUUUUCAGGCUGGGCUUCCCGAUGAUGCUCGUGUCCUGCACCAUAGGCAUGUGCUAUCUCCUGAUCGCCCAUGUUGUGGUGGGAUGGAAUUAAUAGCUAGCCAUCGUCUGAAGACCAAGGGAAACCCGACCAUCCCCAACAUCAGCCGGGAGACUGCCCCACAACGCCUCUGUGGAAGACAAGGGACUUGCCACGCCACACACGGGAACAGAGCUCGAUCCAUAACCGUGCCGUUCAGGGAGAUGAUGAGAAACCACAGUGUCCUUUCCCUGCAGACCAAACAUGAGAAAUAUAAGUUAACUCACCAAGAUUCCCUACAGAAAAAAAAGUGUAUAUUUCAAAACCAUUUCUUGCAGUUGUAUAUGAGAUGGCACAAGCCCAUCCAGGUUGCUGUGCCUUUCUACUGUCAGUUCUCCUAAGAAUAAGCACAGGCUUCCUUUACAUACCCCCCCCCCCCAUUUUAAAAUAGCCACCAUUCAGUUUGUAUUAUACCCGUGAAUACGUCUCUUUCUGGGAAGACACACACCACUGUCAAGAUAACAUUUUUGUGUAUUUAAAAAAUAAAGAAUUCCGUGACAGAA